AUUGUUGUCAAACAAAACAAUUUCACAACCGAUCCAUUUUGUAUAAGUACUGUACUACUAUAAUCGUAAAUAGUUUUGUAAUCGAAAAAGAAGAUUUUUUCGAAAAAUAAAAUCAAAAAGUGAACAUUAAACGUGAUCCAAAAAGAAAUGGAUUUUUUGGCUAAGUUGGCACUUCAACGCAUGACGUCGUUGUACGAAAUGCGAGAAAACAAUGAAGCAGUCGAUGUCCAUUUUAUAUUCGACAAUGAUCCAUCGAAGCGAAUUUCGGCGCACAAGCUGAUUUUGGCGGCCGAAUCUCCCGUAUUCAAAGCAAUGUUUUACGGGCCCAUGAAGGAAAAGGAUGAAAUCAAUAUGGCUGACACAACCAUCGAAUCAUUUGUUGCUUUUGUGAAGGCAAUUUAUCAACAUUUCGAUGCAGUGAACAUGGAAAAUAUCUACGACGUCAUUUGUUUGGCCGAUCGUUACGAUGAACAAAAUGUUAUGGACUUUUGCGAGAAAUUCUUCGGUUUGAAUGCGAAUGCAAACAAUGUAUGCAGAAUUCUUAAUGAGGCUCUACGUUAUCGGUUGACUGCAUUAGAGUCAUCAUGUGUUUCCAUUAUGGCAUUGCACUCAAAAACGAUUUUAAAAUCACCAUCAUUUUUGGAAAUGGAUUUCGACACACUGGAACAUAUCGUUAAAAGCCAGUUCGUGUUUUGCAGUGCAAAAGAUAAACUGGAUGCCUGCUUCAAAUGGGCCCAUCAUUCAUGUGUCACAAAUGCAAUCGAUUUGACACCGGAAAAUUUGCGAAAACAGCUUGAUUCAGCAUUAUUGCACAUUCGAUUCGAUCAAAUGAGUGCAGUAGAAUUCAUAAAGUACGAGGAACUGUAUCCGAUGUUUUCAUUCGACGAAUACAAAAAUAUCAUGGCGAAGAUAAAUAAAGUUCCAGUAAAGUGCAAAAAGCAACAGCGGCGCCUUACAUGAAAUGUUUUCAAACAAAGAAAGCAGAUUAAAUUUUGUACUGUUCAUACAAUGUUUUAUGUUCUUGUUUCAAAGUAACAGAUUUCAUUUGAGUUAAUAUAAGACAG